AUGAAUUCAUCAGGAUAUUGGGACAACUUUGGCGUCACCGACUCUUCUACCAACACUGAUAGUACAGCUGAUUUGCUGAAUAGGCAAGAUAAUUUACUUGACUUACGGCAGCACCAACAACCACACCACAACCAAAACCAAAACCACCACCACCGCCUUCGACAAGAUAAUAAUGCAGUGAUGGAGACACAAAUGUCUGAAGCAUACCCUAAUACACCAGAUCAGCCUCAACAUCAGGUUCAAAUACAACCACCAUUCACGCCCGAGGAGAUUCGCGACUCAAUUAGAUCCAAUUCACUAGCGAAUGAUCAACCCGGCAGAAUUCACCACGCGUUCAUGCAACUGAUUGACGAGGAUGAUGAGGAUGAGGAUGAACAACUUGAAGGCUCGUUCAACAGGAUUGCCCAAAGUGGUCUACAACAAGAAUUGAAUAAUGUGGAAGAUGAUCAAUUGGAUGACCAAGAUAUGAUUAGUCAUGGAACGGCUUCUAGCCGACAUCCCUACGACGCAGCAGAGAAUGAACAACAUACCCUGCAGAUAGAUGACUCGUCGACUCAGCCGAGUUUGGAACAGAUUCAACGGGUCUAUUACAUUAAGGGACUACAAGAGGUGGAAGACUUGCAAUUGGUUGAUUUGUCGCCGCUUGCUACAUGGAAGUUGUCCUCGUAUAAACAAGGAUUUGGAUUACCGCAACUACGAGAAGACAAUCCCGAGUCGUACUGGCAAAGUGAUGGUAGUAAUGGAGGCAACAAUACAAAUCCAAAUAGUUCAGCAUUGAUGAAUAAUCAUUUGGCCAAUCCUCAUUCUAUAACUAUUCAGUUUAUCAAGAAAGUAGCGUUGGAACGAAUAUCAAUCUUCACAAACUACUCAUUGGACGAGAGCUACACUCCCAGUAAAAUUAGAAUUAUGGCUGGGAGCAAUGAAGGUUGGGAUUUGAUUGAGGUCUGUACAGUAAAUUUCAAUCAGCCAAUCGGAUGGUCUCAUAUAAUAUUUAACGGAAUUAGAAACGAUGGCGUGUUGAAAUGUUUUAUGGUAAAAAUUUUCAUAUUAGCCAACCACCAAGAAGGUAAAGAUAGCCAUAUAAGGGCCAUUAGGUGCUACGGUAGAAAAAAUGCUCAGAGUGUUCAACCAGUCCUCAAAGAGAUUAAGCAGACAGAACAUCUUGGCCAUGCCGACUUGUUGAAAGAUUUGAGUUUGGCAAGUGGGUCAAGUAGUAUGUCUGGAAUCCUGCUGAGCUCUAGAGUAGUGUCGGAAAAUGGUGCUGAUAUACAAGAGCGUGAGGAAGGGCUUGAUGAAGAACGUGAGGAAGGACAUCUAGAUGAGAGGAUCUCUGACGAUGCAGGCUCCGAAACUGCCAAGAUUUUGCAAAAUGUCAACGCAGUUUUGGGGAACAACACCGGUUUUCAAAGUAUUGAGCUAAAAAGUGUGUCAUCUAUUAGAUAG